AUCCCUAUAUUUUCGUUACGCUUUCACAUCUUCAAAGCUGCUUUAGAAGAAGCUCAAUAAAGAAGAAGAAGAGGAAGAAGAAAUUAAAUCACCAACUUCGAAAUUUUCGGUUUAUAUAUGUUCCAUGAUUUCAACCCAAAAAGCUUCUCCACAAGGCGGAUUGCAAAUGCUGAGAUCGACUUCUGCUGAUUAGGAUUUUCCCCUGCCGGAACCGGGGGAGAUUCACGGCGGAGAUGGUGGUUAGAAAAGUCGGCAAGUACGAGGUCGGGAGGACGAUUGGUGAAGGUACUUUCGCAAAGGUAAAGUUUGCUCAGAACACUGAGACUGGCGAGAGUGUUGCUAUGAAAGUCCUCGAUCGGAGCACCAUAAUCAAGCACAAGAUGGUCGAGCAGAUAAAGAAGGAGAUUUCAAUCAUGAAGCUUGUGAGGCACCCUUAUGUCGUUCGUCUUCAUGAGGUUCUUGCAAGCCGGACUAAGAUUUACAUAAUCUUGGAGUACAUUACUGGUGGUGAAUUGUUUGACAAAAUAGUUCGUCAUGGACGGCUUAGUGAAGCUGAAUCUAGGAAGUACUUCCAACAGCUAAUUGAUGGUGUAGAUUAUUGCCACAGCAGGGGAGUAUACCACAGAGAUUUAAAACCUGAGAAUCUGCUACUCGACUCCCUAGGUAAUUUAAAGAUCUCAGACUUUGGUCUGAGUGCGUUGCCUGAACAAGGAGUUAGCCUACUCCGCACAACAUGUGGGACUCCAAACUAUGUAGCACCAGAGGUGCUCAAUCACAAGGGUUACGAUGGUGCUAUGGCAGACGUUUGGUCCUGUGGGGUAAUCCUUUAUGUGUUGAUGGCAGGAUAUCUUCCAUUUGAUGAGCUUGAUCUCACCACGUUAUAUAGUAAGAUUGAAAGAGCCGAUUUUUCAUGUCCAUCUUGGUUCCCGGUGGGGGCAAAAGCCUUAAUCUGCAGAAUAUUUGACCCCAAUCCUUCUACUCGUAUUACAAUUGAACAGAUCAGAGAGGAUGAGUGGUUCAAGAAAAAUUAUGUUUCAGUCAAAUUGGUCGAAGACGAAGAUGUAAAUCUGGAUGAUGUGAAUGCUGUCUUUGAUGAUCCUGAGGAACCAAGGACCGAAGAACAACGCAGUAACGAGAACAUGUGCCCUCUGGCCCUUAAUGCAUUUGAUCUAAUAAUUCUAUCACAAGGCUUAAACCUGGGAACGAUGUUUGACCGUGGCCAGGAUUCUAUGAAGUACCCUACACGCUUCGUCUGCCAAAAGCCUGCAAAGGUCUUAUUAUCAACAAUGGAAGUCGUAGCUCAAUCAAUGGGUUUCAAGACACACAUACGCAAUUACAAGAUGAGAGUAGAAGGUCCUUCGGCAAGUAAAACUUCGUAUUUCUCAGUCAUUAUGGAAAUUUUUGAAGUUGCUCCCACGUUCUUUAUGGUCGACAUUCAGAAAGCAGCAGGGGAAACCAGCGAGUACCUCAAGUUCUACAAGAGCUUUUAUGGCAAUCUUGAAGACAUCGUCUGGAAACCAUCAUUUGACACCAGCAAAUCGAGAAUCGCCAAGAACAAAAGUAAAAAACGUUGAUUUUGUAUGCAUCAAAGCCUCAGAAAUUCCACAGCUAUCAUCUAACCCGAGGAAGAAAGGCAAAGCAGUAUGAUGUUGAGAUAUGUUUACAGUUUUUUGAUUAAUUAAUUAUACCUUACCUGCCCUUUUCGGCAACAGUGAGAAGAUAAGUAAUCCUUAGGUUAUUUGUAUAAGAGUAUUUGUAUUAAAAUCUUUGCAAAUUUGUACAUUACGUCAUCUAGUUUUUACUUCGCAAAUUUGCAGAUCGACGCCUUGUCUUUCGGUAAAUAGAAAAGAAACAAUGGCGUCGACAUCAACUUGUCAGUUUUUUUCCCCUUAAGCUCAAUAUCAGCUGGUUAUUCUCUUGAUCUUACUUACA